UUCUACCGCCUGCAUCUUCCUGCGCGAGCAAAGACUGACAAACACAAUACGCUGCAUUCACCCGGCACAUAAUAAGUCUUCAAUUUCUUAACUGUUUAAGUAAUGUAGAAUGGCGUCGUGUUUUGGGAAGAUCGUCGUCGGUACUUAUGUGGAGAUAAAGCGCAGUGAUGGACGAAUACACCAGGCGAUGGUGACCUCGCUGAAUGAGGACAACGAGAGUGUCACAGUGGAGUGGAUAGAAAAUGGGGACACAAAAGGGAAAGAGAUCGACUUGGAGAGUAUAUUUGCACUUAACCCAGAUGUGGCUCCAGAUGAGGAAAUUGCCCCAAGUCCGGAGACUCCACCCCCACCUACACCCACAUGUGUGAAGGUCAACAAAAUUGCCAAGAAUCGUCGGACGAUAGCCCCGAUUAAGAAUGACACUCCGUCCAGGGAUAAUAGAGUGAUUCCAACCCGGGCCAGACCACCACAACCUCAGCAGCCAGAGCCCGCCCCCCCUCCCGCAUCUCUGCAGCCGACGCAGCCGACGCAGCUCACUCAAGCGCAGACGCAACAGCAACUGCAGAACGAAUCCUCAAUUCACCUGAUAUCCAGAAAGGAGUCGGGACAGCUUUCGAGGAGGAAAUCAAACUGCGUGAAGGAGGUGGAGAAACUGCAGGAGAAGAGAGAGAGGCGCCGGAUUCAGCAACAGGAGCUCAGGGAGAAGAGAGCUCAGGAGGUGGACACCACCAUCCCCAACUAUGAGAUCAUGUACAUGAUCCGGGAUUUCCGAGCCAGUCUAGACUACCGGCCCCUGACCACAUCCGAUCUGAUUGAAGAGCACAGAAUAUGUGUGUGUGUGAGGAAGCGUCCACUCAACAAGAGGGAGUUGGCCAUGAAGGAUCUGGAUGUGAUCACCGUCCCCAGUAAGGACGUGGUGAUGGUUCACGAGCCGAAACAAAAGGUGGACCUGACCCGCUACCUGGAGAACCAGACCUUCCGCUUCGACUACACCUUCGAUGACAGCACCACCAACGAGUUGGUUUACAGGUUCACCGCCAGACCUCUAGUGGAGACUAUCUUUGAGAGGGGCAUGGCCACCUGCUUUGCCUAUGGGCAGACGGGCAGUGGAAAAACACAUACUAUGGGAGGGGAUUUCUCUGGGAAGAACCAAGACUGCGCUAAAGGAGUUUAUGCAUUAGCUGCUCGGGAUGUAUUUCUCAUGUUGAAGAAACCCAACUACAAGAAGUUAGAUCUACAAGUGUACGCGACCUUCUUUGAAAUUUACAGCGGAAAGGUGUUUGACCUGCUGAACCGUAAAGCUAAGCUGAGGGUGCUGGAGGACGGGAAGCAGCAAGUCCAGGUCGUUGGGCUUCAGGAGAAGGACGUCAAAUGCAUGGAGGAGGUCUUGAAACUCAUAGAAGUGGGAAACAGCUGCAGAACAUCGGGCCAGACAUCGGCCAACGCCCACUCGUCUCGCAGCCACGCCGUUUUCCAGAUAAUUCUUCGGAGGAAGGGCAAAAUGCACGGCAAGUUCUCCCUCAUCGACCUCGCGGGCAACGAGAGGGGGGCGGACACAUCGAGCGCCGACCGGCAGACUCGUCUGGAGGGAGCCGAGAUCAACAAAAGCCUGCUCGCCCUCAAGGAGUGUAUCCGAGCUCUUGGCCUCAACAAGCCUCACACUCCAUUCAGAGCCAGUAAACUGACUCAGGUCCUGAGAGACUCUUUCAUCGGGGAGAACUCACGCACAUGCAUGAUUGCAACAAUCUCUCCGGGUAUGACUUCCUGUGAGAAUACCCUCAACACACUACGCUACGCUAACAGCCGCAGACAUCUCAGUGGACUCGUCCGCCUCGUCUCCUCAACAAUAUCCUCACGCCGUCGUCGUCGGCCACUUGCACCCGGGAUGAGUUUUGUCUUAGCAAAUUCUCAAUUCAAUUCAAUUCAGUUUAUUUGUAUAGCCCAAUUUCACAAAUUACAAAUUUGUCUCGGAGUGCUUUACAAUCUGUACACAUAGACAUCCCUGCCCCAAAACCUCACAUCGGACCAGGAAAAACUCCCAAAUAACCCUUCAGGGGAAAAAAAAGGGAAGAAACCUGCAGGAGAGCAACAGAGGAGGAUCCCUCUCCAGGAUGGACAGAACAAUAGAUGUCAUGUGACCAGAAGGACAGAUUUAGAGUUAAAAUACAUUCAAUGAAUAUGACAGAGUGGAUGAAUAGUUCAUAGUAGGCAUAUUCCACGAUGGAGACCUCCACGAUCCAUCAGGCAGAUGGCGGUGGGGAGGAGGAGUGGGCGGAGUCUCAACAGGACAGUGGCGGAGUCAGGAGCAGGAAUUCCACGACCCAGACCUCGAUGAUCCAUCAGCAGAUAGGAUCUAUGCCGUCUCAUAGGGUCCGAUGACCCCAUGAGACGUGAAGUCAAAAGGACUCCGGGGAGAAAGCAGAGUUAGUAAGGUGUGAUUGAGAGAUGAAAAUUCAUCCCUAAGAAGAGAAAAAAGAGGAGAUAGGUACUCAGUGCAUCCUAAAACGUCCCCCGGCAGCUAUAAGCCUAUAGCAGCAUAUCAAGGGGCUGGACCAGGUGAACCUGAUUCAGCCCUAACUAUAAGCUCUGUCAAAGAGGAAGGUCUUAAGUCUACUCUUAAACGAGGUGACUGUGUCUGCCUCCCGGACUGAAGGUGGAAGCUGGUUCCAUAAAAGAGGAGCUUGAUAACUAAAGGCUCUGGCUCCCAUUCUACUUUUUAAGACUCUAGGAACUACAAGUAGUCCCGCAUUUCGUGAGCGUAGCUCUCUAGUGGGGCAAUAUGGUACUACAAGCUCCUUAAGAUAUGAUGGAGCAUCACCAAUCAAGGCUUUGUAGGUUAAGAGAAGAAUUUUAAAAGUGAUUCUUGAUUUUACUGGGAGCCAGUGCAGAGCAGCUAGUGCAGGAGUGAUGUGAUCUCUUUUCUUAGUUUUAGUGAGAACACGAGCUGCAGCAUUCUGGAUCAACUGGAGGGACCUAAGAGAUUUAUUAGAGCAGCCUGAUAAUAAGGAGUUGCAGUAAUCCAGUCUCGAAGUAACGAACGCGUGAACCAAUUUUUCUGCAUCUUUUUGAGACAAGAUGUGCCUGAUUUUUGAAAUAUUACGUAGAUGAAAGAAUGCAGUCUCAUUUCUCCCAUAGUCCUAAUGAGUUCUGGCUGUUCCUGCAGGUCAUGCACAGGAAGGUAAUACCGCCCCGGGGCUGUGAGGCUUCAUUGAACACGAGCUCUGACCAUCCCGACUGUCAUUUAAAUUCCUACGGGCGGCAUCGUAUCGCACGAGCACAGCGGACGUGUCCUCCGUCUGUUAACCCGGCGAGCGUGCCCGUUGUGAGCCAAUACUCCAAUGAAAGCGUUCUAUUUGGGUUUGCGGAGCCGAUGCAGUCAUCUUUCCCCGUGCAUGAUGUCACCGCUGUCACGAUGCUCCCAUCCCAUCUGUAAACGCCUCCGAUCCCACGGUUUGACAUCAUGCGGCGGCCGUGCACAGGGCUGUGAGGAACGAUCCCAACC